AUGACCAACCUCCUCGAUCUUCCCGUUGAGAUCUUCCAGAUGAUCGUCCACGAGCUAGUCAACAGCGUGAUUAACAACGUCAAGGGUCCUUCCCAGGGCUUGCAGAUAGAUGAUGUCUGGAGACUGCGAGAUGUUUGCCGUACCUUUGCUGCGGAGAUCGAGCGCAACGUCUUCUCCCUUCAGCCAAAACAGGUUUACUGCAACAAGUACUUCGUUCAACGCCUUACCCUCAAGCGUCUGCCCCGAUACAUGAUGCAAGCCAAGCGAAUCCCGGGGAACAUCAACGAAGGCUUCCAUGCACGACUACAGCGCAUGAUUAGCUACAUCUUGCAAGAGCUCGACAUCAAAGAUGAGAAGCAAUGCGCAGGUAUCAUCGAAACAUUCUAUGUUAGCUUAGGCAAGAUCGUCGACGCGUUCCUAUUGAGUCAUGCCUUGUGGUGCGAUCGCGGUCCCUCCUGCUACUGCAUUACCCAGAACCAGCACAGUACCGAGAUAUCUGUCCAAGAUAGGCUUCACGCAUCUCUAAUGGUCGGAGCGCACGAUAUUCUUGCUGUUGUUCUCACAGAACUCAGUGGUGCAGAGGGAGAUCCACUCUUCGGUAUGGGACCUUUCCGGAUCGCUCGGACUCUAGGUGACACGAAGUCGAUCGACGUUAUUGUCCGUUAUCUCGAAACAAGGUCGUCAUCAGAGCAAACUGCUCUUACGUCCGAGGACGGAAUGUUUCGCAUACAUAGCACCAUCACUAAAACGCUGGCUACCGACAGCGGUACAAUCGCUCAAACUCUGCUCGACUACCACAAGAAAAAUCUACGCUCCCCCGCGAGGCACGUCUACAACUAUUGGGUCUCUUGCGCUCUCCAUACGGAUACGACCAAAUAUUUGAACAAUUUAAGAGCCGUCUUGGAUUUCCACCCUGAGGGCAGGACACGGGUCUUGCGCGAAACAAUGCUCACCAUUUGCGCCAAAGGCAGCCCCGAGGAUGUUCAGGAAGCCCUCAAGCGCGUUCAAGAUGUCGACAAGGGAACAGCAUUGAACGCUCCUAUCUUCAUUGCUGUUCGAUCCGGUCGUGUAGCCGCUGUGCAGGGAUGCAUCCAGGCAGGUGCCAAUGUGGACCUCGCCGUGCCUUCCAACAUCCCAACACUUCACAAGGACACUAUCACUCCGCUUGACGUCGCCAUGAAUCGGAACGAUGAUCGCGUUGCAGACGUCCUCAUCAAGGCCGGUGCAACAAUCCCGCACAUAUCGCAGUGGCCAGGGACUAUGCGCGUGUACAAGGUGUUGCGCAAGGCCGUCUCGGAACGCACCAACGUCAAGUUGCCGGCUCUGAGGGACUUUCAGCAUAUGAGCCUGGCAGAACGCAAGGACAUACAGUAUUAG